AUAUUCUCUAAAUAUUGAACAUAAAUGAAUGAAGAUAGAGACAUAAACUCCUUCAAAGACUAACCAGAAAGGCGUUGAUCCAUCGUGUCCUGUAUGUAAGAAAUGUAUCUUUUUCCUAGUAGAGGAGACCCUGGAUUUAUGAGAAACAGUUAACAAAGGCAUUUAUUUUUAAGAAAUUCGGUGAAAUCAGGGAAGAUUGGAAAAUGAAAAAGAUUAGUUGUAUUUUAAAUACUAAGAGAGUUCAGCCAGAGUCCCUGAGUUUAUGACCUCAAAGAAUUUGCUACAGCCCACAAACUUAAUCACUCUAAAACCAUUGAUGUUCCUAUGUCCACGUGACUUUUGUGCAAGGAUGUAUCAAGAAGCUUAGCUGGGAUUAUACCAUCUGUUGUAGCCAUUCACUUCUACAAAUUUUGUCCGCAGAGGAGCUAUCCUGGGAAUUACAAGGAGGCCUACCCCAACCCUGCUCAGCCGUCUCCACACUCCUCUGACAGAAUGAGUGCCCUGGAUGGUGUCCCCUUCAAGGUGCCCAAAGGCUUUGUGAUCCAUACAGAGCCACUUCCUGGGCCACAGCUCAGUGUCCCAGCCUGCAGGGAGCUUCUUCUGGGUUCCAUGCAUGACUUCAGCCUGGAGAGGAGGACGCUCUUCUGGGUGGAGGCUGUGGUCCGGGGACCCUGCCCUAUCCAGUGUGAUGCCCCAGGAGCAGCUUCAGCCCCGCCUGCCUGGCUCUUGCUGGUCAACCCCGAACAGGGGCUGGAGCCCCCACCUGCUGCGGCAAAAGGUCCUGAGGCGGGACCACAGGAGCGGCCUGAGGAGGAGGAAGAGGAGAACCAGGACGAGGAAGAAGCUUCCUCUGCCAAGGAGGAAGAGCCAGAUGCCUGCAGCCCCCAGCCCAGCUCCCCGGCGAGCCCCAGCCUGGGCCAACACCGCUGCUCCUUGGAUGUGCUGAGCUGCGUGAGGUCGGAGCUGGCGGCGGCCCAGAGGCGGCUCUCCGAGGGCAGGCUGGCCGCCCGCCCCCGCGACUUCCUGCACUGCAUCCGCCACCGAGCUCUGAGUCUCUGCCCGAGCCCAGCGCCGCCUGUGAGCCCGGCGCCUCCACUGUCCAGCGCCCCCACGCCACCCACGGACCCCGCGCCUUCGCUUCCCAGCAGCCCGGCCUUGCCCCCGCGGCCCGCCACGGCCGGUGCUAGGCCCCCAGUGCGGAGCCACAAGCCCACGGUCGCGUCCCUCAAUCCAUACAUCUGCCUGCCACCUCCUGGGCAGGUGCCCCAGCCUCUCGCUGCCCACAGAUUGCACCCUGAUUCUGCUGACCUGCUGUCUGCCCUGAGCCAGGAGGAGCAAGACCUCAUUGGGCCAGUGGUGGCCCUUGGGUAUCCCCUGCACAGGGCCAUCGUGGCUCUGCAGAAGACAGGGCGGCAGAGCCUGAGCCAGUUUCUCAGCUACCUUAGCGCCUGUGACCGGCUGCUGCGACAAGGCUACGAAGAGGGCCUGGUGGAGGAGGCCAUGGAGAUGUUCCAGUUCUCCGAGAGCCAGGCAGGGGAGUUCCUGCGCCUCUCAGAGCAGUUCAGUGACAUGGGCUUCCACAAGGACCGGAUCAAGGAGGUGUUGCUGGUCCAUGGCAACCACCGUGAGCAAGCCCUGGAAGAGCUGGUGGCCUGUGCCCAGUGACUCUGGGGCACCCUGCAGUGCCCUGCAUUCCGGUCCUGGUCCCAUGCCAGACCUGGCAAUCCAUCCUGGCUAUGUGUGUUAUGAAGACCCUACAAGAGUAACACAGCAAUGCAUGCUCAUUAUAAAAAUGCAAAUAAUGCCAAGAGUGGGAGUUAAUACUGUAGGGGAGGCACAACUUUAUCCAUCUUAAGAUUUCAACUAGGGCUCUUUAGCAAAAAGACAGAUUAACAAGAGAAAAAUGAAAGUUUAUUAGUGCAUGCAGCACGCAUGUCAUGCCCCUGACACUUGAGUGAAAAGUAACUCAAAGGAGCAGUUUAGAACUCUGGCUUAUACAGCAUCUUCAACAAAGAACAAUAAAUCUGUAGAGAAAUGACAGGACAAAGGAACACAGUUUUAGGCUUCCAAGGAUGGCGAAUUGUGGGAAGGUAAAUUUUAGGGUGGGAACUAAGGGAGGAAGGCCUGUUUGCAGGUUUCCUUAGUGUAUUUCUGGGCUGACAAGACUCAUCUCCAGAAAAGGAGAAUUUAUAUCUGGCCUUUGAGCAGAAACAAGGGGAAGCAUAGGGAGAACUUUUCUUGCAUUUGCUGCUUCUUAAUUGCCUUCAGUUCAAAUAAUUGUUGCGCCAGAGAAGUGUAUUUGGGGUGAUAUUCUGUUUCCUUCAGUAUCAAAAGAAUCAGCUAAAGAGGUUGAAAGUGAUUCCUUGCGGGGAGGGCCAGAUGAGGGUGCAUAGGUGAGGAACUGUGUUUUUCAUAAGUCUUGUAAAAUGACCUGUAUUUAAUUAUUUAAACUGUGGAUGUUAGUAACUUAGAAUUUUAAAAAAUUAAAACAAAUACAUGAUGUGUAGUUCUUUGGAUCCUGUAGGUUUCUAGCCUUGGUGUAGAAAGAACAUCUGUGGGUCAGAAGAAGACCUGAUUUCUUUCUUUCUUUCUUUCUUUCUU